UACCAAUCAACUUUCAACUGACUUGAACUGAAAAAUUACACUAUUCAUAGUUUUCAGUUAAGUGACUGGCUAGAAGACCUGGUGGGCAAAACAUCUAAACAUUUAAAGUGCCUUUGAAACAGGGAUAUUAACAGAACAAAUUCAGCACACACCUUAUUUAUGAUGCAGGAACACCCCCCCCCCCCCAGAGCAGUGGUGUGUGUGUGUGUGUAUGUUCACUUCUCAUUGCUAUGUGCGUGUACUUGGAUGGGAUAAAUGCAUUUCUGUAAUGUUUGCCAUAUUUAUAGCUACUGUAUGAACAAACUUUUGGAGAAACGAGAUGAACACGGCUAAAUCUUUCAGUGCUACAGAAUUACCGCUGCAAAUUGUUUAAUCAUUUUAAACACAAACAGUUUAGGGUUAAAUACUUGUUCACAACAUACAUUUCCUUUUGUGCGAAGAAGGGUAGUCGCUGUACAACAACAGGAUAUGUGGGUACCUCACCUGUUGAUAAUCAAUUCCUGUCACCCUCUUCCUGUAGCUACAAAUGCAAAACAAAAACAAAAAAAUAUCCUGACAAUACUUCAGAAGAGUCAAAACGAGCAACAAGGAACAAAGUCAUUUCUCACCAGAAAAACAACUCAUUUCACCUGACCAACAUACUGUGCUGUGUACAGACCUUCAAAGAUGCCUUUUCCACAGUUUCUAAGACUAUAUGGGGGCAAUAUGACCAAAAUGAGUAUGGUGACUUCACUUCCACUCAGCAUUUUGUUAGUGGGUUUGCAGGCAAUGAUUGAUGUAAAAUUUGCAUGUCCGUGCAUUCCUAAGUGGAACAAAACUAUAUCCGCUUUAAUCUUUGUUGCUCCUGCUUGUCUUGCUUUUGUUUUAAUGCUAUUGUUUUUAAGGCCUUGGAAAUAUGAAUGUAAAUGGACUAUAUGGAAAUGUUGCUGUUGUGGAGAAAAAAAAAAUUGUGGAAGUUGCUGUUGUGGGGGGAGAAAAAUUUGUGGAAGUUGCUGUUGUGUUGAAAAAAAAUGUUGUGGAAGUUGCUGUUGUGGGGUGAGAAAAAUUUGUGGAAGUUGUUGUUGUGGGGUGAGCAAAAUUUGUGGAAGUUGCUGUUGUGGAGAAAAAAAAUGUUGUGGAAGUUGCUGUUGUGGAGAAAAAAAAUGUUGUGGAAGUUGCUGUUGUGGAGAAAAAAAAUGUUGUGGAAGUUGCUGUUGUGGAGAACAAAACAAAAGAGGAGCAUCUAAAAGAGAAGACAAGAAAGAAGCAUCUCAGUCUGAAAAAGAUGAGCUUGAUGUAAAUUUUAGUCGUGAAAAAGCUGUUUUAGCUUGUUUAACUCCGAGUCUUGUGUGGAUCUGUUUAUGCUUCAUUGAUGGUGAUUAUCUCACAUGUGGAUUAACAUACUGGGAUGGACACUAUGCCUGUGAUAAAGAACUGCAUCCAAAUUGCCUGAAUUGGUGCAAACCCAAUGAUCUGGGACAAGGAAAAAAAGAGACUGAACAUGAAUAUGAACAAACACGAAACUGGAUUGCCAUAUCAAAGACUACAGGUUAUGCUCUGGCGAUUAUCUUCUGCUUCAUAGCAAUUAUUAUUGUGUUGUGUGAAUGCUGCAAAAGUGGAAAAUCAAACAGAGACAACAGAGGAUCAUCUCAAAGAGGAGACAGCGGAAGAACACCUGAGAGUUUCAGACUCAUUAACAGGACAAGUAACACAGAUAUAACACCGUUUUGAAGUGACAGUAUCAGCGAUAUCAAAUUCCAUCAGCUUUUUUGUACAUUGUGACCUAACAAAGUUUGGUUGUAUCUUCUUGAGUGAGCCUUUUGCAUGCAGCACAAGAGUCAGGGGUAUUUUUGUACUGAUUUUAUUUUCCUUUUGUAUUUUUAUAAUUUGUAUAAAGAAAUGAAUUACACCGUUCAUAGAGGUUUGUAUGUUACAUUUACACUUGAUCCCAAAGAUUUAUUUCCUAUUUGUGAUUUUAUUUUAUUUUUAAUUGAGAUAAAACUUUACAAGUUGUUUACAAUUACCUAAACAAAUGUACUAUUUUAUUUCGAUUUGACAGCUGUUCUUCUUGUGUCUGGGUUUGAAUGAUUUAAUCAGGUUCACUUUAAUGGUCAAUCUACAUCAGCAACAGCAAUACAUUUUAUACAGAAUCCUCCAGACAAACUAUUGAU